UAUUAAUCGUUAUUAUCUAUUUUACAUCUGCAGUUGCCUCAUUUUUCCCUCUGCUUUACCUUUACUAAAUGCCCAAAAAGCAGUUUCAAAUUCAUAGCAGAUGAUUUCAAAUAAACAACUAACAAAAUAUUUGUUUAUCAUCCGAACUUUAGGUUUACCAAUAUAGUUUGCUUUAAGACAGCUGAUUUAAUAUUGCUUUAUAGUUGGGAAAGAAUUUUUAAGGCUAUAAAAGCUUUCAAUAGCUGUGUCUUCAUGUUAGUUUCCAUCAUUUCGCCAUGCUGUUAAAGAUUUCUUGUCUCCUGAUUCUGUUAGUGCUCUUCCUAAGCCAAAGUCUUUCAAUCAAACGCAGAUGCCUUCAUGAGCUAGAUCAAGGCAAAGGAAAGGCCUACCUGCGCCAUUGGUUCUACAACUCUACAUCCCAGAGAUGCCAAAGGUUCAUCUUUUAUGGUGGAGCCAGGAAUGGCAACAACUUUAAUACCCAAGCCCAGUGUCGCAAAAUUUGCCUAACCCAACAGGUCGCGCCAAUUAAUUUGGCAGCCAGUGAUGAUGGCUUUUAAAAAGAACAAAGAUCUGAAUCAAAUACAAACUAAUAAAUGAGACUUAAGUAAGUUAAGGCAAGGCGAGCUAAUUGCAUUUUCUGUGAAAUCGCUGAGAAAAUCAAGU